GGACAUUAUGCAGACAACAACGACACUCACUCUACUCUAAAUUACUGCUAGCUGUUGUCAAGUUAGUGGGGUGCUAGUGGUGGAUGAUGCUCGUGGCCACUAGUCGUCGGUGGCGCUACCGUCCCAUGCUCUCAGCGUUGCUGACCCAGCCUGGCUGAUCAUCGCUGAUAAAUCCAUGCCCCUCCUGACUUGCGCUGUCAUAGCACAUACUUGCAUAUUCAUCGUUUGUUGUCAGUCAGGAAGGAAGCGAAGGAGGAAGAUUUCGUGAUUUGUGUUUGGCAAUUGCGUUUGGAAGCGUUGCUCUUUUGAUGCCGGUAAUAGUUGGGUUUUUUUCAGUUUUUGAGAAGGCGAGUUUCAAUAAGGUAGCAGAGGUGGUGGUGUUUGGAUUUUUUGCCUGUCUCGUGGAGAACGAGCUUUGUUUGGGAUUAACAGGUUGGAGCGAUUGCUGGGUGUUGCAACGAAAGGAGUUGGUUGGGGAUUUUGGGUGAGACCCAGCGGUUGCGGAUUGGACUUUGGAUUAGAGGGAGGUUGUAUGUGCUGAUCGUGAUUGUUAUGGGAGGGGGUGCGGGUGCGCGGAUUGUCCAUGGAUCCAUUGCAGCGGGCGCGGCAAUCUUGGCGGCCGCAUCUGCGACGGUGAACAUUCCUGAUAAGCUGCACCUAAAAGCCACGCCCAUCCUGUAUUACGCGGUUCCGAUGUCAAUGCCUCUUCCGCCUCUGUCCGCACCAUUGGGCUCGUGCGGAUGCGGUGAUGGCGCAUCCUUUUCUGUGUCGAUGCCGCAGGUCUUGCCUCCGAAAGGUUGCGCCGCGCAGCUCUUGCCGUCUGCCUCUUCGGUCUCUCCGCCGCGUGCGUUUGCUGGACCGGGAGGUGACUCUUCCUCUGCUCGUUCUCCUUUCGCGUCAUCUUCCUUCUCCCUUGCGCAAGGUGCAUCGGGUGUGUCUUCUCUUUUAGCCUCGUCGCGACGGGUUCUCUCUCACCUUUCUCCAGUCUACCUUGCGACGUCCGUUGUGCCACCCUCCUCUGCAACGCACUCUGCGUUGUUUCCGAGCAUGACUGCCGCGACUCCUCCGUCACUGGUGCCUUUCUCUUUCUCAGCCCCGGGAUUGUAUUCCACGCCGGUGACUCAGAAGCUCAUUUCGGCCAGGAUUCAGGGUUGGAAGCAGUCUGAAAAUUCUGUUUACUCUUCGACCUUGCCCUGUUAUUCCCUCGAUGAACAGUACAUUGCGCAGACGGGUUCUUCGACGUAUCUGGAAUCUCUCCUUUCAACCCUUGUGUCUGUCCAAUUCCCCCGACCAAAUAAUUUUUCUACCCAGCCAUCGGAGUCUCUCCAUACAUGGCACGUUCCCACAAACGAAAACUCGAAGCUGGGUAACCGCGAUGGUCUUGAGGAUGCUCGUGUGAAGAGACCGGUCCUUACUGUGGUGCUUUUAGGAUGGCUGGGCGCCCAACAGAAGCAUCUGAAAAAGUACGCAGAGUGGUACAACGCUAGAGGAAUCCAUGCUGUUACUUUUUUAAUUCCCAUGACGGAUAUACUAAGCUUCAAGGUGGAAAAGAAUGCGGAAGAGCAUGUGAAUUCAUUGGCACGUCAUCUUUCUCAGUGGCUGUCCGAUCAAGGCGAGCAUGCGGAUAUAGAGGGUGACAAGCAGCUUAUGUUUCACACUUUCAGCAACACUGGCUGGUUGACAUAUGGGAUUAUUCUGGAGAAGAUGCAGGAGCAAGGACAUUUCUUAGAGAAAAUCGCCGGGUGUGUUGUUGAUUCCGCACCUGUUGCUGACCCAGAUCCUCAGGUGUGGGCAUCAGGCUUUUCAGCAGCACUUCUAAAGAAGCGAAGUAGUGCAACGCAGCCAGGCUUUUCAAAUCGUGAAGUGGAGGAAGGUAUAACAGUGGAAGCUUCAUCUCAGGGCACCAUUGUCAAUUCAGAAGCGAAGAGAGCCAAUGGCCUUGAAAUAGCGGUUCUACCCCUUUUAGAAGCAUUCUUUUCCCUCUUCUUGAAGCUGCCUGCCAUCGACCAGCGAUUAUCACAGGUGGUAAAUGUUCUUCAGAAGAAGCAGCCCGCAUGCCCACAACUUUAUAUUUACAGUACCGCUGACAAGGUUAUACCAGUAAAAGCUGUUGAAGCAUUUAUUGAAGAGCAACGAAAGUCAGGGCGAGUGGUAAGGGCUUGUAAUCUACAGUCUUCACCUCAUGUUGACCAUUUCCGAAGCCACCCGCAGGUUUACAGUGAGCAACUGAGUAAUUUCCUGAAAGAGGUCUUACCAUCAGCGCAGGUACAUGCAGAUGCUCGUUAGAUUCCCCCAUUCCAAGUUUUUGUCACCGUCCACCCAUGGAAUGCAGGUUUAGAUAGAUAUAAGAUUUAGAAAAUCCUCUGGGUUCUGGUAAUUAUCAGAUUCCCACGUCUGUCUGAUGUCAAGAGGUUCAGCAGUCGGGAUUUGCGAAUUGCAGUAGAAAAGAUUGAUGCAUACGAUGAAGAUUUUUUAGCUGAUAUGUAGAGAAGCCCAAAGAUGAGUAUUGUUGUGGGCAGCGGCUGGAGACCAAGUCAUUAUGCAGUAUUUUUGACACCGAGAUCGUCUAUUGAAAGCAGGACUAUGGUAUCUGCUUGGUGUAUUUUUAUCCUUAAUAGGCUCAAUUGUAAUGAAAGAGUUUAGAGAGUGUAGAUAACCUGGGUUAUUCCAAGCAUCCAUGAUUCUUUUGAAGUCAUGACAUUGAUGUUGUUAUUCUUACCGCUACUCCUAUUGAGUACUGGAUUACUUGAUAAUGAAAAACUGAUUCACAACGCAAAA